GCCUACAGCCAGGGUUUACACUUACAGCUGAUCCAAGCAAAACUGGCUCUAAAUUUUGGUCUUCGAUUUGAUUAUUUCUUUGAUCAAAGUAUUAAGUGUUUUUCUGGUGAAAGAAAGUAACAGCUGCCAAUAUGAGGAGAGCCAUCAGUCUUGUUUUACUUGUACUAGUGUUUGCUGUAGAGAUGAUUGGAGCUGAAAUGGUCACAUGUUAUCAGUGUGAACAGGUUGAUUCUCCAGUGGGAACAGACUGUUGGAAUGCAUCGCAAACACUCCCAACAGUGGAAUGUGAACAUUCAUGUUUUACAUCAAUGUUUCAAUCCGGCGGAAACUAUCUUGACAACUACUGGAACGUGAAACGAGGCUGUGUUGAAGCAUGCGAUGGCUCUAGUAACUGCCUCAGUCAGCAUUAUGGCGCGUGCAAGUACUGUUGUUCGAGCAAUCUCUGCAAUGAUUACGUGAACUCGCCAGCUGUCAACGUGAGGAUAAGUUUGCCUUUAUUAGUCAUUACUGCACUCGGUUGUCUAGCAUGGCUCUGAAGAUAUACUAAAGUGGAACUAUUGCUUUGUUUGAAAUUUAGGAAAUGUUUAGUAUGAAAGCAUCUCUCUAUCAUUUUUUUAAAGAGAAUUUGAAGAUGUGCAUCCUCUCAGGAUUCAAAGUACACAAGUUUGCUUACAUUCUAAAUGGCAAUAAGGGGAUUUGAUAAUUUGUCUAUGAGUAGUGGGUUCUUGCAUUCCUUUGGCUGUGAGAACCUUAUGUUCCAUGUAUGAAAUCUGUGGAUAAAGUGUAGAAUAAGUUGUCAAUGGGUAAAUCCAUAAAGUAUGAAUAAAUUCUGUUGGGCAAUACUACAGUAGCUGAGUCUGAAGCUAAAUUUAUAUUUCUUAUAAAAGGAGUGAACUUUGGUCAGGGGUAGAUUUUUUAGUUAUUGUUCAGAAUUUUAUUGUUUGGCAAGUCUUUUAUAGUUUGAUGUGCUUCUUCAUGAGGUUUGCAUGCAUGUAUUUGGUACUAUUGGUGCAAAUCUGCAACAUUUGCACAUUUUUCCAAGUGCCCUAAAAAUUUACAUAUCACAGUCAUUGUGAUUUCUCUUCAAAUCUAUUUUAAGUGUAGUCAAUGGUAAGAAUAAUAGAAAGGUGACAUUUGUCCAUAUUCAUCCCUACAUAUGGUGUGGAGGGAAAACUAAAUUUAUUUUCACUUGCUUGUAUAUCCAUUUUCCAGUCAGGAGGGUGGAGGCAUAAACUCGAGUUUGUGAAAUCAUAGUUAAAUAUUAAACUUUGCAGUAAUCACCAAUUGCUUUUUAUCUCACUAUUAGAUCAUUUAUAUCAUUCACAAGUCUAUCUUUACUAUUUUUUCCUUUUGGCAAAAGUUGUAAUUAAAAAGAUAAGAAGUAUAUGCUUCAACUAUUAGUAUUCUACUUAUUUACAUGUACUAGAUAAGCAAUUUCUUGAUUAAUGAUUGACUUGAGUUUAUACAUGCUUGUACAUGUUUGUAUUGAUGGCCUACACUUUCCUUGAGAUUUUUCAUCUCCAGAUAUUUUUUUAUAGUAGUACCUGACCAAUCAUGUGUCUUCCUGUUUAUGUACAUAUCUACCUCGUAUUAAGCCGGGGAUGGUAGAAGGAUGGAUAUGAGCUUUUCAAUUACAUUAUAACUGAAAUGGUAACCAGAUAGAUAUAUUCUGCCGUAAGCAUUACAGCUAAAAAAAUCACUGAAAAUGCCAAUUUUUGAAAUACAUAUGAUAAGGCAUAAUAAAUGACUUUUUAUGAUAAAUUAGGUGCAUGCCAUUUUUUUCAAAAACUAUGAUAUUGUCACCUUUUUAAUCAGCCUUUUUGAAAGGUUCUUGUAAAUAGAUUCUGUAGUGUAAUGACAUUCAAUUCGUAUAUUCUGAUGAGUACUUGAAAAGGAUGCUUUUAGCUUAAAGGAGAAUGAAACUCUUGGAGCAAGUUAGCUUUUGUGAAAGCAGAAAAAUCAAAGAAUAAGAUCAACAAAAGUUUGAGUAAAAUAGGACUAGCAAUAGAAGAGUUAUGAGCAUUUGAAUGUUGAGAUCACUAAUGCUAUGGAGAUCCUCCUAUUGGCAAUGCGACCAAGAUCUAUGAUGUCACAGAUGAACAACUCUCCCCUUUUGGACACUGAAAAUAUACCCCAAAACAUCUCUUUUUGCUCAUUCUAAUCAUAUGACAAACGAUUCAUCAAUGAUAUAAUGUUGUGAAACCUCUGUACUUGUCCUCUCAUAAAGAGAAAACCUCACCUUGUGAUAGACUCUAUAAAAGUGAAAUAAGUACUAAAGUAAUGAGGGAGUUGUACGUGUGUGACAUCACAGAUCUUGGUCGCAUUGCCAAUUGGAGGAUCUAUAUGGCAUUAGUGAUCUCAAUAUUCAAAUGCUCAUAACUUUCUUAUUAUUCAUUCAAUCUUCCUCAAACUUUCAACAAUAUGUUUCUUUGAUUUUUCUCUUUGAUAUGGAUUCAGCUGGUUUCAAGGGUUUCAUUCUCCUUUAAUAUGAAACAAGAUGAAGGAUGAAUGCACAUAACCUUCAUAUUCAAAUCCACGAACAUGUACUAUUUUGAAUAGGGAUUGUGAUUUCAUGAAAUUAUGGUUUCAUUCUUAUGUUAUAUAUGUAUUUUGUAAUAUUUACAUGCAUCAUGAUGUAUGCAUAUGUACUAAAACUACUAAUCUACUACGUAUGUAUUUAUUGAUUAUGAUGUAGUUGUAUUUCAUCAUAUUUAUUUGUACUAUGUUGUGUCUGGCGGCUCUGGCCUACAAAAUGCUGUGAAAUAUCUCCAAGCUUUUAGUUUUACACCUUGAAAAGUUGCAGUCAUGCAUGUGUACGAUUUAUGAACGUUAGCUUAUGAAGCAAAAUAUAGAGAAAUAAUUUUGAUAGGCUGAAAAGUAGCACAUGAGUUACACAUUUGUAGUGCAGUCUUGAUUGGUCAUGGGAGUGGGGGACUGGGAAACCCCACCAUGGUUGAUCAAUUGAUAGCCAUAAGAAGAUUCAUGAUUUGCAGUACACACUAUUAUUUCAUCAUUUAUUUAUUUUGCAUGUGUACUUUCUGUAGUGGGGCUCUGCAGUGUUUUAACUAUGUAAAUUAUAUCAGACUUGCUAAUAAGACAUAAUUUUAUACACAAAAGUCAAAUGUGUCUUCUGGUUAGGCCUAAUUAAUAUGUUACAAAUUUUGGGGAAAAUGGCUUGGAUAUUUGAAGUGACCUACAUAAAUCAGUCACUGACUAAAAUAUGUAUUAUUCUUUCUUGUAACAUUCUGAAUGAGAACACAAGAUAUAUGGAACUCAAUAGAACCACUCUGAUGUAGUAAUUUUGUGGAUAAAUCUAUAAUGUAUUUUAUUAUUUAAACAUAUAUUCAUUAUUGUGAUCAUUGUUAUUUUGCACUGGCUCUUAGUAAUGUUGUGUAUUAAUUUUGAUGUUAUUUUUGUUUACAAUUAAAUAUAAGUUGAGACUACGCAAAAAGAAAAGAAAAAUGAAAACAACUUCAACAAUUUGGUUCCAGGGAACAUUUUUAGUCAAUAUUCUGAGUGAAGUGGAAUCUGAGAGAAAUAUUUUGCAUCUUAUCCACAUCUACUUUUUCAUGGGUGAUUUCUAAAACUAGCAUAAAAGGCUGAUGACUAGUUUUCCCUAAUGGAUUCUUUGCACUGGUAAUUGGGGUUUUGAAGUAGAUUGUUCGAAGGAACGGGUCUAUGUAUAAUAUAAUUAUAAACAGACAAAAUGGGCAGAAAAUUAUAUCUUACAAGUUUGUAUCAUAUUACUUUACAUUUUGUGAGUAGGGCCUAUGUUUUGUGUUGUUCAUUGCAUCAGAGUCCUAUUUUCUGUUUGGUUUCUGGUUUUAUAGUCAUAAAGGAUAAUGCAUUGUCUCAUAGAGGAUAUGGUCUGAUUCACGUGCACUAUAUGUCAGUGCAUGAGUGGAGAUUGACAAAUGAAACCAUUCAGUGAUCACCAAGCCUACCAAUAUAUUGUACAUACUGAACAUACCAAGUCAGUGACGUACAAUCACCAUGCAGCAUUUGGUUGAUAUGUACCGGUAGAUGAUAUAGUACUUUCCUUCCUACUGUAGUGUACAAAUAAAAAGUCAUGAGAACAGCAUACCAUGUGCAAAACCUUUCCACAUUUCACUAUUUUCCCCUCCAUAUUUCACAUAUCACAACCUUUCUUUUUGUCUCCCCUCACACCCUCUUGUAGUUUUUCUACUAUAAUAAUUAAACCCCUCUCAUUUUCUUAUGUUACACAAUCAUGUUCUUCUAUAAUUGUGAUGGAAUGUUGCAAACUUGCAUAAACAGAUUCGUCAAUAUUCAUUGUUAGUGAGUCAGCAGUGAAGUCAUUUCCUCCAUGCCUUUUAAUUCAAUAGAAUGUUCACUCGGAUACAUAAUGUGGGCAUGUAAUGCAUGUUCACUAUCGUUUGGUGGGGGGUGAGGAUGAUAUGUAGCCCACCCUGGUUUAUGUCUUUCACUAGUGUGCUUUAAUAAUUUAUUAUUAUUUCAGAAGUUCUUUCAUUGCUAUUAGAUAUUUAGAAUGUGGUAUGGUGUGAAGCAACUUUUGUCUUCUGGUAAAAAGGAAAACAUGAUUUCAUUAUUGAUUUAAAUACCAAAGGUGUCCAUGUGUUUGCCUCUCAUACUGCUAUGGCUCUUUGGAUUUUUUCUUAUAACAUGUCUCAGAAAAUUACUAUCAUGUAAUGACGGUGUUACUAACAAAUAAUCUAUUUCAUGGAGUAUGAAAUAUUUGUUUUUCAAUAAAAACACGACAAAAAUUAAA